UUGCCAGUGUUGCCAGUUCCACGAUAAAACCAGUGGAUGGUGCUGUAGAUCUACGGGAGGAGGAAAUGGAGGCUUCUGUCUUUGGAUUGCAUUUUGCUCUGGAUCAUCUUGAUGCUUCGACUGCCCCACCAUCUCUCCGUCUGUCUGACUCCUCUUUAACUGUCACCUACCACGAAGAGAAUCCCCCUGUACCAGCUCCAGAAGGCAAAAUCGGAAGACCUGUGAUGACCUCAGACCCAGGGACUCUCCAUCAUAUUCGUGCUGAUGUAGUAAUUGCACGGGGGCAGUACUACUGGGAGGUGGAAGUGUGUAAUAGCUCCAUCUACAAGAUUGGUGUGAUCUCAGUGGAUGGUUCUAAUGGCUGGUGGCUUGAGAGGCACAGUUUGACUUUUUGGGCAGUGUAUGAUGGGAACUGUGAACAACUUUGUACCAUCCCACCUCAGAUCAAAACCAUUGGGGUCUUCCUAAACAUUGGAGGAGGGACCCUAAGCUUCCACAACCCUCUAACCCAGGAGCAUCUCGCCACACUGCCAACACGUUUCAGCAAUGCUGGAGUGGUCCCAGCCCUGGGCCUGGGCCAGGGCAGACUGAGACUGCGCUGUGGCCUACCCCCACCCGUUUACGUAUUUCUUAGUAAGAGCUCAACCUACAGGGAGCCUCAUGGAAACAGCAGAAGUGAGUGGCGCCAAGAGGUUCCCUUUCAGUCGGUUAGGAAAGUGAUCCAGAAGUUUGAGAAGCUGGCACUUUCUGACUCAGACUCAGGUCUGGUGUCCAGUUUUGGAUCAUCAUGCUCCACCUUGGCUUCCUUUCCAGAUGUGGGGGUUCCUGGGACCUUUCAGUCAGGGAAAGCAGGAGAGGAAACUGAACCCUAAUAAGAAGAGCUUGUGAAACCUUCUCUUCAAUAGAAGGAUAAAAAAAACUCCCACAGAUGACCUGUGUAGUUUUAACUUUAGCUGUCAUUUGAAAGGCUAAUUUUUAAUCUUCACAGACUUUUGGAAGUGUCUCUCCACUCCCUGGGUCACCCCCGGACCUACAAUUGACUUUCUCACCAGGAGACAACCUUUUUCUCAGCUAAACAACCCCCACAGAUUUGGCUUGGGCCAGAAAGAGUCCUCUGUGAUGUGAAGUGUGAGGAAAGGGUGGGUUUUUAGCAGCAGGACUCCUUGAUUUGUCUCUGUGUGAUGGUUGUCAGACAGUAGGGGUCCUGUGCUCAUAGUGCGCACAUUUGUUUGUGUGUGUGAGAGAGCAGAAGCACUAACUCUGAGCAUUUGCUCAGUUAGUCUUGGAUUUCAAGGUGUGUUUGUGUGUGUGUUUGCGUGCAUAGGAAGAACCACUGUACAAGUAGCCGGGGGUGGAGAUGAUGAUGCAUGAGUACAGCGACACCAGCAGUGUUGACACAGAGCACCAAGGACAGGUGGUAUACUACGCUUAUCCUGCAGCCUGUCUUUGAUAGGACAGUAAGCCUGCCCCUUUCUGACCCUUUGAAACCCAUAGGGCCUCUAAAGACUUUAAAAGAGCAGAGAGGGAAAAGACAAAACAGCAUGCAUAAAUUAAAGACAGCAGGUGAUGGACUGGACAAAAAGGAAUGAGCUCAGAGAGUGAUUCCCAUCUGCUUUCACUUCCAAGACAUCCUAAUGGAUCAAAUGGCUCAGACCAUAUUUUUAAGGCAGCAUACAGUAUAUUAAUAGAAUGGCAUACUUUUUACAUUGCCAAUUUGCUCAUUGAACUUUAAGAAGAAUCAAACAGGGAAAUCAAUUAACUUGAAACAAUCUUUAUUCAACACUAUGUAAUUACAGUGUCAAAUCUUCAUUAAAACCCGGCAAGACUUUAAGACAAAUGCAUAAAGUCUUCUCACACAGAGCACACACUGAGGAAUGUUUACUGCGGGUUUUUUUUUAAAAUGAAAACCAAACUUUACUGGAAUGUCUUUUGAACUAAAAGCCUAGCUAUAAAAUACUUUAUAUUAAUUACACAAUUACUGCAGUCACAGGUCUAAUGACUACUUUAUGUGCUGUGCCGGCUCAGCAUUCACAAUAAAGUGGUUUCUAUUUGUGUUGUGCACUCA